AUGUCCCUGACGCUGCUUCAGAAGUUCGAGGACGCCAACGAUGUCGCCGACGACGUCAAGGAUGACUCAAGGCGGGAUUCCAUCCCACAGGACGAAACACCUGCGCCUGAGAAACCAGUCGAUCCUGAACCCGCAUCUCAGGAAGAUGAACAACCUAAAUCCGAGCCAACAGAGACUGCAGCCUCUCCCGAUGAGAAGGCGCCCGAUGUCGAUGUAGACAGCGUCGCAGUGGACGAUUCCGUCUCUGUUCAGCCUCCAGAUGCCCUGCAGACACCCACUAUAAACACCCCUGAACCCUCUACUGACAAUGUCGACCCUGCUGAGAGGGCUCCUCCACCGAAACCUCCUCCGCGCCCUUCAAGAUUUCAAGGCUUCUCAGCCGCUCUACCUUCAGUUCCUUGGGGACCGCCUCCUCCUCCCAGAAAAGCCUCCGAGGCCCGCGCACCGUCUCCGCAGCCGCCUCAAACAUCGUCCUCCUUUGGGCGCAAAGUGACCACCCCUUUUGGAUGGCUGAGCCGAGCCACAUCCACGCCCAAAGAAAGCCGCUCUCCUCCACUAGCCUCAAGACCACACCCUGAUGCUCGUCGGAACACUGCCGCAUCCACCUCCACCAUAGGAAGCAAUCCCGAUCUGAUGUUGAAGGCUCUGGAUGAAGCACAAGAUGGAUCGAACGGGCAAAGACUGCCGUCCCGAGCCUCUCUCCGCGAACAAUUUAAGAUGCUGCGAAUGCGAGAAGAAGCAGGCAUAACUAGUCUGGAGGGUGAAAAGCCGGAGGGUGGAGCGAUCGCGGGACUUGUUGGAGGAUCGGCAAGCGUUGGUGUAGGCAUAGCCACGCCUGGAAGUGUAGGCCAUGACGAGAACAUGGUCUCAACUCCGGUCUUGUCGCCAACGACUGAGACGGUUCCCACCAACCCAAAUCUACCUCCUGGGACAGUUGCAGGAGUAACAGCUUCUACGGCCGACACUGCCACACCAAUAGAUUGGGAUUUCUGGCAGAAUGUCGUCAAUGAAGGCCCUCAAGCCGUUGCACGAACGAGUCCCGAUGAGUUCACCCAGGCAAUCAGUGGUGGGAUCCCGCAAACAAUCCGCCCAGUCAUUUGGCAAGUUCUCGCCGGCAGCAAGAACGAGGAACUCGAGGCGGUAUAUUGGGACCUCCGCUCCAAAGGCUCCAACGGGGACACCAAGGAGGGCAUGCCCAAGUCUCCGUUGCUCAAUGGGCACGCCAAUGGUACUGUCAAGGACAAAGAGUCGGCAGGCUCGUCCAGGUCGUCGAUUCGGUCGGAUCAUUCCACACCAGCUACCAGUGCACAUGUGGCAUUGGCAUCUCCUUCGCCGUCCCACGAGCUGACGGACCCCAUGAUCAGCACACGCCUUCAGACCCAGCUAGCUGCGGAGCGCGCAAAAAAAGCAAAGGAGGAUUCCGCAGCACUGGCCAAGCUAGAGAAGAUGAUCAAGCGAGACAUGGGCUCGAGGACCAGCUAUUCGAAGUAUGCGGCAGCGGCAGGCUUGCAGGACGGACUCUUCCACGUCUGUCGAGCUUACGCCCUAUUUGAUGACGCUGUUGGCUAUCCGCAAGGAUUGAACUUCAUUGUUAUGCCUCUGCUCUUCUCCAUGCCGGAAGAAGAAGCCUUCUGCCUCCUGGUGCGCUUAAUGAACAAAUACCAACUUCGUGAAUUGUUCAUUCAGGACAUGCCAGGCUUGCAUCUGCAUCUGUACCAGUUCGAGAGACUCCUGGAAGAUCUUGAACCUGCCCUUUACUGCCAUCUCAAUCGCCGAGGUGUCAACCCCAAACUCUAUGCAACUCAAUGGUUUCUGACGCUGUUCGCCUACCGGUUCCCCCUUCAACUCGUUAUGAGGGUAUUUGAUUUGAUUUUGUGUGAAGGAUUGGAAGGUGCCAUCUUGAAGUUCGGCAUGGCUGUCAUUCAACGCAACGUAUCUACCCUGCUAGCGAUGCAAGAUAUGCAGGCUUUGACGAACUUUUUGAAAGAGAAGAUCUUUGAUGUGUACAUUGACGCCACUCCUUCGUCCAAAUCGAUCUUGGAAUCGGGUUUCUUUGGCAGCUCAGGUGGUUCAGAUACCGAGGUCUACCGAGCAGAUCUUCUUGUCCAAGAUGCUUGCUCCGUCAAACUCACCCCAGAAAUGCUUAAUCGGUAUCGCGAGGAAUGGGAGACGAUGACCAAAGCCGAGAAAGCGCGCGAAACCGAGCUCGAAAACCUCAAGACCGAUUGCGCUACCAAAGCCGCCCAGAUACGGUCACUCGAGAAACGGGUAGAGAAGUCCGACGCCGAACAUAUCGAGCUGGCCAACGAGCUGGUAAGACUGAAAGUUGAGAACACCGAGCUCCAAGACCGCAACGAAAGCUUGGCCGGCCAGGUUGAAGAACUGCGCAAAGUCGCGGCGAGUGAAGCUGCCAAUGUCGAGGCCAGAAUGAGAGCCGGCACCGAACAAGUCAUGCAAAGAAACAUCGAAGUUCAGAACGAGAACCGUCACAUGGAAGAACAGAUGGCCGAGAUGGAAAAAGAGCUCGUAGAGAUGAAGAUGAAGUAUGCUGAGCUCAAUGCCGAACACGAAGGGCUGAAGCAGAAAUGGAACGACCUGAAACGAGCACUCGAGGAUUAA